AUGGGUCGACGUCCUAAAGGUGGCGAAGGAAAAGGAAGAGCGUCCAAUCAUAGAAUAGCGACUUUAAAGGAAACCGCUCGUAGUAAUGUUAAGAGAACUGGAUCUGGGAAUCCUCUAAAACCUUCUAAACCCAAAAGAUAUAGACCUGGUACAGUUGCUUUACGUGAAAUUAAACAUUAUCAAAAGACCACAAACCUUUUGAUUCGUAAAUUUCCCUUUCUCGUACGUGAAAUAGCUUUAGAAGACUUAGGUCCAAAAACUGGUAUUGGAUUAAGAUGGCAAUCCGCCGCGAUCUUGGCUCUUCAAGAAGCUACCGAAGCCUAUCUGGUCCAUUUAUUUGAAGACGCCAAUUUAUGUGCUAUUCACGCGAAAAGAAUUACAAUAAUGCAAAAAGAUAUUCAACUGGCGAGAAGGAUUCGCGGGGUUUACAUUUGUCCUGGAUAA